AUGGCUAUCACUAAGAUUCACGCACGUUCCGUCUACGACUCUCGUGGAAACCCAACCGUCGAGGUUGACGUUGUCACUGAGACUGGUCUUCACCGUGCCAUUGUUCCAUCUGGUGCUUCCACCGGUCAACACGAAGCCGUUGAGCUCCGUGAUGGAGAUAAGGACAAGUGGGCUGGAAAGGGUGUUACCAAGGCUGUCGCCAACGUCAAUGAUAUCAUUGGCCCAGCUCUUAUCAAGGAGAACAUUGACGUCAAGGAUCAAUCCAAGAUCGAUGAGUUCUUGAACAGCCUCGAUGGUACCCCAAACAAGGGCAAGUUGGGUGCCAAUGCCAUUCUUGGUGUUUCUUUGGCUGUUGCCAAGGCCGGAGCUGCUGAGAAGGGUAUCCCACUUUACGCUCACGUUUCCGAUCUUGCCGGAACCAAGAAGCCUUACGUUCUCCCUGUCCCAUUCAUGAACGUUCUUAACGGAGGUUCCCACGCUGGUGGACGUUUGGCAUUCCAAGAGUUCAUGAUCGUCCCUUCUGCUGCCCCAUCUUUCACCGAAGCUCUUAGACAAGGUGCUGAGGUUUACCAAAAGCUCAAGUCUCUCGCCAAGAAGAAGUACGGUCAAUCCGCUGGUAAUGUCGGAGACGAGGGUGGUGUUGCACCAGAUAUUCAAACUGCCGAGGAGGCUCUUGAGCUCAUCACCGAGUCUAUCGAGGCUGCUGGUUACACCGGAAAGAUGAACAUCGCCAUGGACGUUGCCUCCAGCGAGUUCUACAAGGAGGAUGCCAAGAAGUACGACUUGGACUUCAAGAACCCAGAGAGUGACCCAACCAAGUGGAUCACCUACACUGAGCUUGCCGAUCAAUACAAGAACCUCGCCAAGAAGUACCCAAUCGUCAGCAUUGAGGAUCCAUUCGCUGAAGAUGAUUGGGAGGCCUGGAGCUACUUCUACAAGUCCUCCGAUUUCCAAAUUGUCGGUGAUGACUUGACUGUCACCAACCCAAUCAGAAUCAAGAAGGCCAUUGAACUCAAGUCUUGCAAUGCUCUCUUGUUGAAGGUCAACCAAAUUGGUACUCUUACCGAGUCCAUCCAAGCCGCCAAGGACUCCUUCGCUGCCGGAUGGGGUGUUAUGGUUUCUCACCGCUCUGGAGAGACUGAGGAUGUCACCAUUGCCGACAUCGUUGUUGGUCUCCGUGCUGGUCAAAUUAAGACUGGUGCCCCAGCUAGAUCUGAGCGUUUGGCCAAGUUGAACCAGAUCUUGAGAAUCGAGGAGGAGCUCGGUGAUAAGGCUGUUUAUGCUGGAGAGAGCUUCAGAACUGCCGUCAAUCUGUAA